AUGUCGGCACGUCGCCAUCGAUCGGCAGUCGCAUGCCAACACUGUCGCCAGCGUAAAGUGCGCUGCAGCUUUACGGUUACUGGCGUACCGUGUAUUGGUUGCACGCAAGACGGUACUGAAUGUAUUAUCCCGCAGGCAAAAGCGCAAACAACACCUCGGAUCCGUCAAGUUGUACCUCAUAUACGGCAAAAUGGUCCGGAGAACAGCCCUCGGAUUGCAGAGGAGUCUCGCAGGUCGAUGCCGUCCCGGCCUUCUGCUCCAGCAGAUGCGUUCACCAUUGCACCGAUUACCCAACAAAUAGAACGUCCAAAGUCAGUGGGAGGUGGCAAUAAUAUCGAUACAUCUCCAGACGAGAACAGAAGCCUCGAUGAGGAGCGUACUGGGGCAGAGAUAGCAACUGCGGCACUAGGGAGAAACAGGAGAGCGGGCCAGGCGCCGUUUUAUACUGGCGAGUCUCCGGGCUUCGGGAGUGUACUUGACUUAUGCUCGCCACCACAGCAGCCUGUCCAACGGCAUAUUUUGCUUCAGCCUAAGAGAUCGACUCCGCUGUCUGCUGAGGACCGCGAAUACCUUCAGUAUAAGGGCGUCUUUAACCUGCCUCGGAGUGAUACGUGCGAUGAGCUUCUCCGCGCAUAUUUCCAUCACGUGCAUCCUAUCUUACCAGUCGUUGAUGUGACAUCAGUACUCAGCUCUUAUCCUAGUGGGGAAAGCAAUCAAUGUAACCUCCUGUUGCUAUGGAGCAUGUUCUUUGUUGCAGCAAAUUAUAUAUCUACCGAUACGUGGAAACAGGAGGGCUACUCAUCGAGAAAGGCAAUGAAAUACGAUAUGUAUUCUCGUGCCAAAUGUAUGCAUCAUAACAGUGACGAAACUGACAACACUGUUCUAUUGCAAUCAGCUCUUCUCUUGGGAUUCUAUCACUCGGAAGUAGACCUGCAUAUGAAACCAUGGUAUUGGACUGGUACAGCAAUCAGUCUCUGCCAGAUCAUGGGUUUGCAUCGCUGUCCAUCUUCAGCCUGGUCGAACUCCUCAAUACCCGAAAGGCAGCAGCGUCUGUGGCGUCGUCUUUGGUGGAGUUGUUUCUUUCGAGAUCGUUGGCUAAGUCUUACAAUGGGGAGACCCCUCAGAAUCGACCUGCGUGACUGCGACACAGCAAUGCCAUCUUCUGUCGACAUGCUAAGCGACAUGACCGGACUACCUGAAGCAGUGACCAGUGCUUACAUACCGACUGAUUUGCCACGAUUGGCAGACUGUUGGGUAACGAUGAUUCAUUUGAGUAAGCUCCUAGGUGACGUCCUCAGCCUAAGCUACCGACCUUUCGGGCCUCACCCAUCACUUCAGCAGGUGGAAGCAACCGAGGCAGAAAUCCUGCUAUUUCAAUUUCCGGGCAAUCCCACCACAGACCAAAGUCGUCUAGCAACCUUUUAUGCGUAUCAUCUGCAGUUACACUACCAAGCUUUACUCAUUACAUUCUACCGCCCUUUUAUCACUAAGGCACCAGAAGGGCUACCGGCGGCUCAACAACAGGCGUGGCAAAGUCAAAUACGAAACAAAAUGGACACCGCUGCCCUACAAACAAAUUCUAUUGUUGAUAACCUAGCUCGUGAAAAGCUGCUAGAAUUCGGGGGCCCGAUGACACCUCCAUUGCUCGUACCAGCUAUGCAAGUGCACCUUCUCAACUGCAAGUCGUCUGAUGGUUUUAUUCGGCGGUUGGGCCUCAACAAGCUGGAACUGUGUAUGAUGAUCUUGGAGCAGAUGCAGCACACCUACCCAUCUGCCUCCAUAUUUCGAGGCAUCUUUCUCGGAGCUAUACGCCAGCUCUUCCCUGAUUAUAUGGCUCAACCGUCCAAGCCAGAGACAUCGGCCCCUGAUUACCCUAUCCCGCAAGAUGCCCCUCUAGAUGAUCCGGCCGCGUCCAUGGUGAUCAGCGACGAUGUCAUUGAAGCACUCAUGAAUGAAGCGUCUACCUCUAAUAUCUGGGAGACAUUCAAUUGGAUGUAG